GUUAUCUUUAAAAAAAAUAUGCAAAACCUGUCUUGAAAUAUAAGAUGCUUUGUUUAUAAAUUGUCCUCAGUUGUCUACUGCCAGUCCGAAUGGACGGUCGUUAAGUGAAUUAUUUAUGUACGAGAAUAUUAAUUUAAAUAAUGUUCAAGCUGGUUUUAUUGUGCGUUGUUUUCGCGUUGAAUGAGGCCGCAUAUGAAGGUGAUCUGUGCGUGGCAAAUGGAUUAACCGGGAAGUGUAUAAAUGUCAAUAACUGUAAGACAGCAAUACAAGAUAUUAAGAAUAAGAAGAAUCCUGAGCUAUGUUCGUUUUCCGGAGUGGACCCGAUAGUGUGUUGUUUGGAUAACGUAGUUAAAACAAUACAUAACAAGCCAAUCUUAACUACUACCAAGAGACCAGUCUCUAAGCCAGUAGAUUCAGAGUACGUGCCUCCAGUGUAUGACUAUUACUCCACGGACUCUAUGGGCGCUUGUGAGGCCAUCUCUCUGGACAGGACAUCCAAGAAAACUGGGAAGAAAGCUUUUGACAAAUGCAUCGAAUACCAGGAGAAGUACGUGUACCCUUGUGAGCGAGGAGUGGACCUGCUGGGAGGCCUCAGCAGGAGCAGCAAGUGUCACCACAGCGCUGAUGACCUCAUCACGGGAGGAGUUGAUGCUGCACAGCACGAGUUCCCUCACAUGGCUUUGAUCGGGUUCGUAAUCGAUGGCGAGCUAGAAUGGCUUUGCGGGGCCACCGUCAUCAGCGAACGAUUUGUCAUCACCGCCGCUCACUGCACUAACUACAAGGGCCCUCCGACGUCUGUACUUAUAGGUGCCUUGAGGAGAUCUGAUGAAUUCUACAAAAACAAGAUUUACAAGAUUGGAGAUAUCAUUCUGCACCCUCGCUACGUGAGGUCUAGCAGAUACAACGACAUCGCUUUGAUCAAGACACAGAAAACUAUUAAACUGGAUCAGUUUGUGGUGCCCGCGUGUCUCCAUACCGGUGAUGCUGUCAAAGAUGACCUCGUCAUCGCCACUGGUUGGGGACUGACCGCUGAAGAGGGGAAUAAUUCUGAAAUCUUGCAGAAGGUGACUUUAGAAAAGUUCAUGCCGGCGCAAUGCGCGAAGAAGUACUACCCAGUGCGAGUGAGUUUGGAGAAGGGCUAUGACGCAAAGACACAAAUGUGCUACGGACACAAAAGUGCUUCGAAGGACACUUGCUUGGGCGACAGCGGCGGUCCAAUCCAGAUUAAAAGCAAGAAGAUUGAAUGUAUGUACACCAUCGUUGGAGUGACGUCGUUUGGUGGAGUCUGCGGUGUCCGGGAGCCGGGGAUCUACACCAGGGUGGCUCACUAUGUGUCCUGGAUUGAAAAUGUUGUUUGGCCUAACUAAUAAAGGAAUAUUAGCCAUAGAAUAGAGGCGCUUUUUAGGGUGGAUCAAAAGUUUUGGGCGUUUUUGGAAAAAAUG